AUGACAAUAAAUAAAUUGAUUUAUUAUUUAUUGAUUAUUUUUUUUUUUUUACAAUUGGUUUUUUCAGAAUCUACAACAACAACAUCCAAAGAUAGUAUUUUAGAUAAAUUAAAUAUUCCAAACGAAGUUUUAUUAAAUAUUGGUUCAACUAUCAAAUUCUUCAAAGAGGGUCAAUAUAUAUUGGUAGACAAGUUUAAUAACAGAGAAGUAAAGAUAGAUGUUAGGGAUACUCCAAUUGACUCAACUGAACACCAAAAUGUUGUUUUUACAAGUAUGCAAUAUCAGUUAUCUGUAUAUGAUGGUAGAGCUGCUGCUUCUAAUGCUCCUGGUAGUCCUAUAGCUACAUCAACAACAACAACAACAACAACAAAUGUCGAUGCUUUAUCAAGUUCAUCAAAUACCCCUGAUGAUUCUAAUGCUUCUGGUGCUUUUAUAAGAGCAUCAAUAACUGCUUCUACUGCUCUUGAUUCUGGUAAGCCUUCAUCUGUCUCGUCCACUGGUGGCUAUAUUCCAGCUCACUUAAGUGGUGAUCAUAACAGCAACAAUAAUAAUAAUUUCUUUGGUGAUAGUUUUUAUGAUAGUUCCUCAAAAAGUUAUACCGUUGAUGAAUUAAGAAGAAUAUUUUCAAAUGCUACAUUGGACAAUAAUAACAAUAAUAAUACAACAACAAAUAUAACAAGGUCAAAAACAACAUCAAUAAAUAAUAAUAUUACAACAACAGCAACAGCAACAGCAACAACAACCACAACAGUUUUAAAUAAUAAUAUAACCAAGGAAUUAAAUAUUACCCGUUCGCCAAAAAAAAGAUCCAAGCCAAUGCCUAUUUUUUCUUCAUCAAUCGAAAAUUUAAAUUCAAACUCGAGUUCAAAUUCAACAACCGAAGAUCAGAAGGAUAGUAGUUCCAACAAAUUGGCAUCAUUAUUACCAAAAACAAUAGUUUUUAUCUUUGUUAUUUUUAUUAUUUUAAAUUAA